AGGAACAUGCGCAGUAGCAGCAGACGGCGGCGCGAGCUGAGUUGGGAGAUGGCGGCGGCGGCACUGAGAGUGUGAGCACCGCCCGGGAGCCACUGGCCCGGGCGCACUUCGACCCCAAUCCCGCCCUCCCCGGCCCGCCAUGGGCAACGAGGCCAGCCUGGAGGGCGGCGCUGGGGACGGGCCGCUGCCACCCGGAGGAGCGGGGCCCAGUGCCGGGAAGCCUCCUUCAGCACCAUCCGGUGGCGGACAGCUCCCCGCGGCAGCGGCGACACGGGCCACUGCGGGACCGCCAGGCCCGGGUCCUGGCCCCGGGCCCGGCCCCCGCCUCGGCCCGGAUAGCAUUUCCUGGAGACUGGACCCCAAGGAGCCCCUGGGAAGCCAGAGAACAGCCUCCCCAACCCCAAAGCAAGCUUCUGCUACUGCUCUUGGCCAUGAGAGACCCCGGGAAACCAGGGCACAGGGGCCAGCAGGUCAGGAGGCUGAUGGUCCCUGUAGGACGCUGCAAGUAGACAGCAGGAUGCAGAGAUCAGGGCGGUCUCCGUCUGUGUCACCAGACAGAGGCAGCACCCCUACAUCGCCCUACUCUGUCCCCCAGAUUGCCCCUCUUCCCAGCAGCACCUUGUGCCCCAUAUGCAAGACCUCAGACCUCACGUCAGCUCCCAGCCAGCCAAACUUCAACACCUGCACCCAGUGUCACAACAAAGUCUGCAACCAGUGUGGGUUUAACCCCAACCCUCAUCUCACCCAGGUGAAGGAGUGGCUCUGUCUCAACUGUCAGAUGCAGAGGGCUCUGGGAAUGGACAUGACCACUGCGCCUCGCUCCAAGAGCCAGCAGCAGCUGCAUUCCCCAGCACUGUCUCCUGCUCACUCCCCAGCUAAACAGCCCCUGGGGAAGCCAGAGCAAGAGCAUUCUUGGGGCCCUGGGGGACCACAGCUGGGCUCCCGCCAGGCUGAGACAUCCAGGGCCACCUCAGUGCUGGGGCCUGCCCAAGCAGCUGCCCCUCUAGAGGUGGGGAAGGUGUCUCCUCAGCCCUCUCUCCCCACCAAGCCUUCCACAGCUGAGCCCAGGCCACCUGCAGGAGAGGCCCCAGCAAAAAGUGCCACCACAGUACCCUCUGGGCUCAGUGCCAGUGAGCAGACCCAGGAGGGCCUCACUGGGAAGCUCUUUGGCCUUGGUGCAUCGCUGCUGACCCAGGCAAGUACCCUUAUAUCUGUGCAGCCUGAAGCUGACCCCCAGGGCCAGCCUUCCCCCAGCAAGGGGCCCCCUAAGAUUGUCUUCAGUGAUGCCAGCAAGGAGGCUGCCCCAAGACCCCCAAGCUCAGGGCCUGGGCCAGCACCUGGAACCAAAACUGAGCCUGGGGCUAGAAUGGGACUUGGAUCUGGGCCUGGAACCCUGGCAAAGACUGUGGGAAUGACCAGUCCAAAGCAUGGCAAAGCAGAACAUCAAGCAGCACCUAAGACUGCAGCCAAGCCAAAGACCAUACCAAAGGAGAAGGCCACCUGCCCACUGUGCCAAGCUGAGCUCAACAUGGGCAGCAAAGGCCCCGCCAACUAUAAUACCUGCACCACCUGCAAACUCCAGGUGUGCAACCUGUGUGGCUUCAACCCAACACCCCACCUGGUAGAGAAAACAGAGUGGCUCUGUCUGAACUGCCAAACUAAGAGGCUGCUGGAGGGCAGCCUGGGAGAACAGACCCCCCUGCCACUGCCCACCUCACAGCAGCCUCCUAUAGGGGCUCCUCACCAUGCAGCUGUAUCAGCCCCUCUGAAGCAGAAAGGGCCACAGGGGCUGGGCCAGCCAUCAGGUCCCUUGCCUACCAAGGCCAGCCCCUUGCCCACCAAGGCAAGCCCCCUGUCCCCCAAGUCAACCCCCCUCCCCAACAAGGCCAGCCCCCAGGCCAAGCCCGUUAAGGCUCCUGAAUCCAGCAAGACCCCAAGCAGUGCCCAAGAAAAGAAGACAGGAGUACCUGCUAAAGCUGAGCCCAUACCGAAGCCACCUCCAGAGACAACACUGCCUCCUGGGACUCCUAAAGUAAAGAGCGGAGUGAGGAGGAUUGACCGUGCCACCCCUGUUGUCAAGGCUGUUCCAGAAGCCUCCAAGAGUGGGGAGGCAGAGGAGUCAGUGGGCAAGCCUUACUCUCAGGACCUGUCUCGGAGCCCACAGAGCCUCAGUGACACAGGCUAUUCCUCUGAUGGCGUCUCCAGCUCCCAGAGUGAGAUUACUGGUGUUGUGCAGCAGGAGGUGGAGCAACUGGACAGUGCAGGGGUGACAGGGCCACGUCCACCCAGCCCCUCAGAGCUCCACAAGGUGGGGAGCAGCGUGUGGCCUUUGCUGGAGGCCCAGGCUGUGGCCCCCAGUGCAGAGCAGAGCAAACCACCCUGCAGCAGCGCUGGUGAGAAGCAGAAGCGGCGGCCUCUCUCCUUGUCCAUCAUGCCUGAGGCCUUCGACUCUGAUGAGGAGCUGGAAGAUAUCCUGGAGGAAGAUGAGGACUCUCUGGAGUGGGGGCACCAGCGGGAGCAGCGGGACACAGCUGAGUCCUCAGAUGAUUUUGGCAGCCAGCUGAGGCAUGACUACGUGGAAGACAGCAGUGAGAGUGGCCUUUCCCCGCUUCCACCCCAGCCCCCACUUAGGGCAGCAGAGCUGACAGAUGAGGAGUUUAUGCGACGACAGAUUCUGGAGAUGAGUGCUGAGGAGGACAACCUGGAGGAGGAUGACACUGCUGCCUCAGGGCGUGGCCUGACCAAGCACAGCACCCAGAAGGGUAGCACUAGGCCCAGGCCUGAGCCUGGCCAAGAGCCAGCAGCACUGCCCAAGAGGCGCCUGCCCCACAAUGCCACCACAGGUUAUGAGGAACUGCUUUCGGAGGGAGGCCCUGCAGAAUCCACUGACAGUGGUGGGGCCCUGCAGGGUGGGCUGCGCCGCUUCAAAACAAUUGAGCUCAACAGUUCUGACAGCUACAGCCAUGAACUAGAUCUGGGACAAGGCCCUGAUGCCAUUCUAGACCGGGAGCCUGAGCUGGAGAUGGAGAGCCUGACAGGUUCACCUGAGGACCGCUCCCGUGGAGAGCAUUCCUCCACACUGCCUGCCUCCACACCCAGCUACACCUCGGGCACCUCUCCCACUUCCCUGUCCUCGCUAGAGGAAGACAGUGACAGCAGCCCUAGCCGCCGGCAACGACUGGAAGAAGCAAAGCAGCAGCGCAAGGCCCGGCACCGCUCCCACGGGCCCCUGUUGCCCACCAUUGAGGACUCCUCAGAAGAGGAAGAGUUGAGGGAAGAAGAAGAGCUGCUUCGUGAGCAGGAGAAGAUGCGUGAGGUGGAGCAGCAACGCAUCCGUAGCACAGCCCGCAAGACCCGGCGUGACAAGGAAGAGCUGAGGGCCCAGCGGCGCCGUGAGCGCUCCAAGACACCACCCAGUAACCUGUCACCCAUUGAGGAUGCAUCCCCCACAGAGGAGCUGAGGCAGGCAGCUGAGAUGGAGGAGCUCCACCGCUCCUCAUGCUCUGAAUACUCACCUUCACCCUCCCUUGACUCAGAGGCCGAGGCCCUGGAUGGUGGGCCUAGCCGGCUGUACAAGUCAGGUAGUGAGUACAACUUGCCCACUUUCAUGUCCCUCUACUCCCCCACUGAGAUACCCUCAGGCAGCUCCACCACUCCCAGCUCUGGACGACCCCUUAAGAGUGCAGAGGAGGCCUAUGAGGAGAUGAUGAGAAAAGCUGAGCUACUCCAGAGGCAGCAGAGCCAGGUGGUGGGGGCCCAUGGGCCCCAUGGUGUCCCCUCUCAGCCCACAGGCCCCGGGGGUCAAGGCAUCUUUGAAUACCAAGAUGCCCCAGAUCGUGACUAUGGCAGGGGAGCUCAGCCUGCCCCAGAAAGCACAGCAGCCAGCCUGGGAACAGCUGUAUAUGAAGAGAUCCUUCAGACAUCACAGAGUAUAGCCCGUAUGCGGCAGGCCUCCUCCCAGGAUCUGGCCUUUCCUGAGGACAAGAAGAAGGAGAGGCAGUUUCUGAAUGCUGACAGUACAUACAUGGACCCAAUGAAGCAAAAUGGUGGCCCGCUUACCCCUGGCACUAGUCCCACCCAGCUCGCUGCCCCUAUGUCUUUCACCACUUCCACCUCCUCAGAUAGCAGUGGGGGCCGAGUUAUUCCUGAUGUUCAUGUCACUCAGCAUUUUGCAAAGGAGCCUCAGAACUCCCUCAAGCUACACAGCAGCCCUGCCACCCCUAGCUCAGCCUCCAAGGAGGUAGGAACAUCCUUCUCUCAGGGCCUUGGGACCCCAGCCACCACAGCUGUAGCUCCUUGUCCAGCCAGCCUGCCACGAGGGUAUAUAACUUCAACCUCCCCAGAUGGCUCUGAGCGUACUCUUUCACCAUCUUCCACAGCCUAUAGCUAUGGACAGAGCCUAACCACUGCAAACUACGGGUCCCAAACUGAGGAGCUCCCUGAAGCCUCUAGUGGCUCUGCUGUGGGCAGCCGAGCUGCCAGAGAGAAAGCCCUGAGAAGGACUGAUGGCGAGGCUGGUCCUCCCCGUGCUUCCUGGGGAUAUUCCUACUUUGCAGGCUCUAGCCCGCCUCUCUCCCCAUCGUCCCCCUCAGAGAGCCCCACAUUCUCUCCAGGCAAGCUGGGCCCAAGAGCCACAGCAGAGUUCUCUACACAGACGCCAAGCCCAAUCCCUUCCUUAGAAAUGCCUCGGAGCCCUGGUACCCCCACCUCUACCUCCAUGGUAGCCCAGGGCACACAAACACCACAUAGACCCAGCACGCCUCGCCUGGUGUGGCAACAGACUUCUCAGGAGGCUCCUUUUAUGGUCAUCACACUGGCAUCAGAUGCCUCCAGCCAGACCAGGAUGGUACAUGCCAGUGCCUCCACCUCCCCACUGUGCUCACCUACUGACAGCCAGCCCAUUACCCACAGCUACAGCCAGACAACACCUCCAAGUGUGUCUCAGCUGCCCUCACAGCCACCUGGGCCACCACCUGGUUUUCCACGUGUACCCAGUGCUGGUGUAGAAGGGCCUCUGGCACUAUAUAGCUGGGGUACCCUCCCUGCUGAAAACAUCUCUCUAUGUCGGAUCUCCUCUGUCCCUGGAACAUCUAGAGUUGAGCCAGGGCCCAGGCACCCUGGCAGUGCAGUAGUAGACCUCCGCACAGCUGUCAAGCCCACGCCUAUCAUCCUCACUGACCAGGGCAUGGAUCUGACCUCUCUUGCUGUGGAAGCAAGGAAGUAUGGCCUUGCCCUGGAUCCCAUCCCAGGACGGCAGUCAACUGCCGUGCAGCCUUUGGUUAUCAACCUUAAUGCCCAGGAGCAGACUCAUGCCUUCCUGGGCAAUGCCACUACUGUAAGCAUUACCAUGGCCUCAUCUGUGCUCAUGGCUCAGCAGAAGCAGCCUAUGGUGUAUGGAGACCCCUUCCAGAGCCGACUUGACUUUGGCCAGGGUUCCGGUAGUCCCGUGUGCCUGGCCCAGGUGAAGCAAGUAGAACAGGCUGUCCAGACAGCCCCAUACAGAAGUGGGUCCCGGGGAAGGCCCAGGGAGGCCAAGUUUGCCAGGUAUAAUCUGCCCAACCAGGUAGCACCUCUGGCCAGAAGGGAUGUGUUAAUCACUCAGAUGGGAACCACCCAGAGUGUUAGCCUCAAGUCAGGCCCAGUGUCAGAGCCUAGUGCUGAACCCCAUCGAGCCAUUCCUGCAGAGCUGCAGUCACAUGCUCUGCCAGGUGCCAGGAAGCCACAUGCUGUGGUGGUACAGAUGGGAGAAGGCACAGCAGGCACUGUGACCACACUGCUCCCAGAGGAGUCAGCAAGUGCCCUGGAUCUCACUGGGAUGAGGCCUGAGAGUCAGCUGGCAUGCUGUGACAUGGUCUAUAAGUUCCCCUUUGGCAGUAGCUGCACUGGUACCUUUCAUCCUGCCCCAAGUGCACCUGAAAAGAGUGUGGCAGAUACUGCCCUGCCUGGCCAAAGCAGUGGCCCCUUCUACAGUCCUCAGGACCCUGAGCCCUCUGAGCCCCCUACCUACCGGGCACAAGGGGUAAUGGGGCCUGGACCCCAUGAAGAGCAGAGAUCCUACCCACAAGGCUUCCCUGGAAGGCUGUACUCUUCCAUGUCUGACACCAAUUUGGCUGAGGCUGGCCUCAACUACCAUGCCCACAGGGUUGGGCAGCUCUUCCAGGGCCCUGCACGAGACUCAGCCAUGGACCUCAGCUCCUUGAAGCACUCCUACAGCCUGGGAUUUGCAGAUGGGCGCUACCUAGGGCAGGGCUUGCAGUAUGGCUCAUUCACAGACCUGCGCCAUCCCACAGACCUUUUGACUCAUCCACUUCCCAUACGGCGCUACAGCUCAGUGUCGAACAUCUACUCAGACCAUAGGUAUGGGCCACAGGGAGAUGCAGUUGGCUUCCAGGAGGCCAGCCUUGCCCAGUACAGCGCCACCACAGCCCGUGAGAUCAGUCGCAUGUGUGCUGCACUCAACUCCAUGGACCAGUAUGGUGGGCGGCAUGGCAGUGGUGGCACUGGCCCUGACCUUGUUCAGUACCAGCCCCAACAUGAGCCUGGGCUCAGUGCUCCACAGGGUCUGGCUCCCCUCAGACCUGGCCUCCUUGGUAAUCCUACUUUCCCAGAGAGCCAUCCAGGUCCCAGAAACCUGGCCCAGUAUGGCCCUGCACCAGGCCAGGGAACGGCAGUCAGGCAGCUGCUACCAUCCACAGCCACUGUGCGUGCAGCUGACGGUAUGAUCUACUCGACUAUCAAUACUCCAAUUGCUGCAACCCUGCCCAUCACCACCCAGCCCGCCUCAGUACUGCGACCCAUGGUGCGUGGUGGCAUGUACAGGCCUUAUGUGUCUGGUGGACCCACAGCUGUGCCACUCACCAGUCUCACACGAGUACCCAUGAUUGCCCCCCGGGUACCUCUUGGGCCUACAGGGCUGUACCGAUAUCCUAUACCAAAUAGAUUCCCCAUUUCUUCAAGCGUUCCACCUGCUGAGGGCCCGGUUUAUCUGGGGAAACCUGCUGCCAAGGCCCCAGGGGUGGGUGGCUACCCCAGGCCAGAGCUGCAGGCAGGGGCUGCCCGAGAAGAACCUUAUUCCACAGCUGCCCCAGCAGCUGUCAAGGAGUCUGUGGCAGCCCCCACCCCCACCCCUGCCCUACCAUCUGGCCAGAAGCCACCUGGAGAUGCUGCUGCUGCUGGAGGUGGGAGUGUGACCCUUGGCCGGCCUGGUCUUGAGAAGGAGGAUGCAUCUCAGGAAGAGCGGCAGCGGAAGCAACAGGAGCAGCUGCUACAGCUGGAGAGAGAGAGGGUGGAGCUGGAGAAACUUCGACAGCUAAGGCUGCAAGAGGAGCUAGAGCGGGAGAGGGUAGAGUUGCAGAGGCACCGCGAGGAAGAGCAGCUGUUGGUGCAGCGGGAAUUACAGGAGCUGCAAACCAUCAAGCACCAUGUGCUGCAGCAGCAGCAAGAGGAACGCCAGGCUCAGUUUGCUCUGCAGCGGGAGCAGCUGGCACAACAGCGUCUUCAGCUGGAGCAGAUCCAGCAGCUACAGCAGCAGCUACAGCAGCAGCUAGAGGAACAGAAGCAGCGGCAGAAGGCCCCCUUCCCAGCAACCUGUGAUGCCCCUGGCCGAGGGCCUCCCCCAGCUGCCCCUGAGCUGGCCCAGAAUGGCCAGUACUGGCCACCCUUGACCCAUACCGCUUUCCUUGCUGUGGCAGGGCCUGAGGGGUCUGGGCAGUCCCGUGAGCCUGUGCUGCACCGGGGCCUCCCCAGUUCUGCCUCUGACCUGUCGCUGCAGACUGAGGAGCCAUGGGAGGCAGGCCGAAGUAGCCUCAAGAAGCAGCACUCCAUGCCCCGCCUGAGGGAUGCCUGUGAACCAGAGUCGGCACCUGAGCCCUAUGUGGUCAAGAGAAUUGCAGACAGCAGCGUGCAGACAGAUGAUGAAGAUGGUGAGGCCAGGUACCUCCUGACUCGACGACGCAGGACGAGACGGAGCACUGACUGCAGCGUGCAGACUGAUGAUGAGGACAGUGCUGAAUGGGAGCAGCCAGUGCGCCGGCGCAGGUCUCGUCUUUCCCGGCACUCAGACUCAGGCUCUGACAGCAAGCACGAUGCCACUGCCUCAUCAUCCACGGCCACCACCACUGCUAGGGCCAUGAGCAGUGUGGGCAUCCAAACAAUCAGUGACUGCUCUGUGCAGACAGAGCCUGACCAGCUGCCCAGGGUCUCUCCAGCCAUCCACAUCACAGCUGCCACUGAUCCUAAGGUGGAGAUUGUCAGGUACAUAUCAGCACCAGAGAAGACUGGGCACGGGGAGAGUCUGGCCUGCCAGACGGAGCCAGAUGGGCAGGCCCAGGGUGUGGCUGGACCACAACUUGUAGGCCCAACUGCCAUCAGCCCCUACCUGCCUGGUAUUCAGAUUGUCACCCCAGGGCCACUGGGCAGAUUUGAAAAAAAGAAGCCAGAUCCUCUGGAGAUUGGGUAUCAGGCCCAUCUGCCCCCGGAGUCCCUCUCCCAGCUUGUGAGCCGCCAGCCUCCUAAGUCCCCCCAGGUCCUCUACUCACCAGUCUCACCCCUGUCCCCACAUCGGCUCCUGGACACCUCCUUUGCUUCCAGUGAGAGGCUGAACAAAGUUCAUGUGAGUCCACAGAAGCACUUCACAACUGACAGCGCACUCCGCCAGCAGACGCUGCCUCGGCCUAUGAAGACCUUGCAACGGUCCUUGUCUGACCCUAAGCCCCUCAGCCCCACCGCCGAGGAGUCUGCCAAAGAGAGAUUCUCCCUCUACCAGCACCAGGGGGGACUGGGUAGCCAGGUGUCGGCGCUGCCACCCAACGGCCUGGCCCGCAAGGUGAAGCGGACACUGCCCAGCCCCCCUCCAGAGGAGGGUCACCUUCCCCUGGCUGGCCAGGCCCCCCCACAGCUGUAUGCAGCCAGCCUGCUACAGCGAGGGCUAGCGGGGCUCACCACCGUCCCUGCCACCAAGGCCAGCCUGCUUCGGGAGCUGGACCGGGACCUGCGCCUGGUGGAGCAUGAGUCCACCAAGCUGCGCAAGAAGCAGGAGGAGCUGGACGAGGAGGAGAAGGAAAUUGAUGCCAAGCUCAAGUAUCUAGAGCUGGGCAUCACUCAGCGCAAAGAGUCUCUGGCCAAAGACCGAGGUGGCCGUGAAUGCUCACCCUUGCAUGGCCUUGGUGUACAUCGAGAUUACCUGUCAGAUAGCGAGCUCAAUCAGCUGCGGCUGCAGGGCUGCAUCACUCCUGCCCGCCAGUAUGCAGGCUUCCCAGCCACAGCUGUUGCACCAGCCACCCCCUCAGUCCCCACUGCCUUCCAGCAGCCCCGAUUCCUGCCUCCAGCCCCACAGUACACUGUAGGCAAUAUCGGGCCAGCUCAGAAUGAACUCCCAGCCCACCAGGCACCCACCUACCCUGGCCCCAACACGUACCCAGCACCUGCCUUUCCUCCCAGCACAAGUUACUCAGCCGAGCCUAGCCUGCCAAACCAGCAGGCUUUCUGCCCCUCAGGCCACUAUGCAUCCCAAACACCCAUGCCAACCACACAGAGUACCCUUUUGCCUGUCCCAGCUGACAGCCAUGCACCUCACCAAAAGCCACGUCAAACAUCAUUAGCUGACUUGGAGCAGAAGGUGCCCACCAACUAUGAGGUGAUUCCCAGCCCUGUUGUGGCCAUGUCUUCGGCCCCUUCUGAAACCAGCUAUAGUGGACCAGUAGUAAGCAGCAGCUAUGAGCAGGGCAAAGCCCCUGAACUGCCCCAAGCCAGUGACUGUGGGAGUGUGAGCCAGAGUCCAGUCCCCACCUACCCCUCUGACUCACACUACACCAGUCUGGAGCAGAAUGUUCCUCGGAACUAUGUGAUGAUUGAUGACAUCAGUGAGCUGACCAAGGACAGCACCCCUACUGUGCCUGAUAGCCAGCGUCUAGAGUCCUUGGGACCAGGCAGCAGUGGGCGUCCUGGGAAGGAGCCUGGAGAACCAGGUGUCCUUGAGGGGCCCACACUGCCCUGCUGCUAUGCCAGAGGAGAGGAAUCUGAGGAGGACUCAUACGAUUCCCGUGGGAAGGCUGGCCAUCACCACAGAACCAUGGAGAGCAAUGGACGACCCGCCAGCACCCACUACUACAGUGACAGCGGCUACAAGCACGGGGCUCGAGUAGAAAAGUAUGGUCCAGGGCCUGUGGGGCCCAAGCAUCCCUCCAAGAGUCUAGCCCCAGCUGCUAUAUCCUCAAAACGAAGCAAACACCGGAAACAGGGGAUGGAACAAAAAAUCUCCAAGUUCUCACCUAUUGAAGAGGCCAAAGAUGUGGAGUCGGACCUGGCCUCUUACCCCUCAACUGCUGUCAUUAGCAGCCCGGCCUCUAGGGGCAGGAAGUUCCAGGAUGAAAUCACCUAUGGGCUCAAGAAGAAUGUAUAUGAGCAGCAGAGAUACUACGGGGUGUCCACCCGGGACAUAGCAGAGGAAGAUGACCGCAUGUAUGGGGGGAGCAGCCGGUCUCGGGUAGCAUCUGCGUACAGUGGGGAAAAGCUGUCCAGCCAUGAUUUCAGUGGCCGAGGCAAGGGGUAUGAACGGGAAAGGGAGGCUGUGGACCGACUUCAGAAAGCAGGCCCCAAGCCCUCAUCCCUGAGCAUGGUCCACGGCCGGGCACGGCCCCCCAUGCGGAGCCAGGCCUCUGAGGAAGAGAGCCCCGUCAGCCCCUUGGGGCGGCCCCGCCCCACUGGGGGCACACUGCCUCCUGGGGAUACCUGCUCACAGUUCUGCUCCAGCCACUCCAUGCCUGAUGUCCAGGAGCAUGUCAAGGAGGGACCACGGGCCCACUCGUAUAAGCGUGAGGAGGGCUACAUCCUGGAUGAUUCCCACUGCGUGGUAUCUGACAGUGAAGCGUAUCACCUGGGCCAGGAGGAGACGGACUGGUUUGAUAAGCCCCGGGAUGCCCGCUCUGACCGGUUCAGGCACCAUGGGGGCCAUGCAGUCUCCUCCUCCUCCCAGAAGCGAGGCCCUGCCAGGCACAGCUACCACGACUACGAUGAACCUCCUGAGGAGGGCCUGUGGCCUCAUGAUGAGGGUGGUCCAGGCCGCCAUGGCCCAGCCAAGGAACAUCGGCACCACAGUGAGCAUGGGCGGCACACAGGCCGCCAUGCUGGUGAGGAGCCAGGACGGCGCACUGCCAAAUCACAUGCCCGGGACCUGGGUCGCUAUGAGGCUCGGCCCCACCCUCAGCCCAGCCUCACCCCAGCCAUGCUGAAAAAGGGUCAGCCUGGGUACCCUGGCCCAACUGAUUACUCCCAGCCAUGUCGUGGUCCAGUGGCAUACCACCAUGCCUCUGACAGCAAGAAGGGCUCCCGGCAGGCCCACUCUGGGCCUGCUGCACUGCAGCCAAAGCCAGAACCCCAGGCACCACCACAGCUACAAGGUCGGCAGGCAGCUCCAGGGCCACAGCAGUCACAGCCACCAACAUCCAGGCAGAUGCCCUCAGGGGCAGCAUUACGCCAGCCACAAAUGCAGCAGCAGCAACAGCAGCCAGGUCUUGGGCAGCACCCUCCCCAGCAGGCCUCAUCACAGGCCCGGCCACAGCAGAGCCAGCCAACUGCCCGGGGCCCAGCCUCUUCUGCCAGCCAGCUAGCAGGGAAGCCCCAUCCAGGUUCCACGACAGCCCCAGGCCCCCAGCCAGCAGGAUCGCCACGGGCAGAACAGGCAGAUGGCUCUAAAGUGGCAGCCAAAACACCCCAACAGGGGAGGGCUUCCCAGGCCCAGCCAACACCAGGACCUGGCCCUGCAGGCACAAAGCCUGGAGCCAGGCCUGGAGGAACCCCAGGGGCUACUCCUGGCCAGCCAGGAGCUGAUGGGGAGAGUGUGCUCUCCAAGAUCCUCACUGGUGGGGCAGCAGAACAAGCCGGCAAGCUGACAGAAGCUGUCUCUGCUUUUGGCAAAAAAUUCUCCUCGUUCUGGUGACCUUGCCCAGCAGGACUCUUGAAGACAUGAAGAGAGAUGAUGUCAUUGCUGUGGAAAAAUCUCUGGAGUCAAAGGCCUGGGUGCAGCUCUGGACUCUGCGUAUAACACGUCUACAAUCUGGCAAACUCUUGGCCCAAAGCUGGACAAGUUGGGACCAUGGGCCUGGGGGAUUUUGUCUUUCCAGAGACCUUGUCUUCCUCAGUCAACUGUCGUGGGGAGGGAAGACCCCUCUCCAGAACCCUGAGACCGCAGCUGUCUGCCACUCUUCCCACAGCCAGCCAGGCUUCCAGUGCGUUAUACACAGAGUUUGGGAGUACACUGCCCUCCUUCCAAGAUGCCAGAAGUUUUUCCACAGCCUUGGAGAGGGGUCUUUGAUUGGGCGCCUUGCGCUCGUUUCCUUCACAUUCCAGCUGGCUUGGAUCCCUCUGUAGCCACAGGGCCCUGCCCCUUCACCUUGUCCUCUGGGUGACAGCGGAGCAGACCUCCACGUGGCCAGCACAGGGUUGGGAGAACUUUACAAACAUUAGGACCUAACACUGUCUCAUUGCUGAAAUAAGAGGCCAUAGCACCGAAAAGCAGUGUGGGCACUGGCUGAGGCUUCUCCCAGCCCAAGGGUGGCAGUGUGCCUUCUACACACCUGCCAUCAUCUUAAAGCCAUCCCCCAGCCAUCUCCAGCACCCCAGCAGCACCGCCAUUGUCUCAACCAGCUGGCUCCUCAUCUGUACACCUGGGGAUUUCUUUUCAUUUCAAGAACAGCCUUAAUCAUUCCAGUUUGGUUUAUGUGUAUACCUCAUGAACAUUUUUCUUUCUCUUUCCCUUUCUCAUUUUUCUUUGCUCAUCCCUUUUGCCUCUCCCCUCCACUACCACCUUGUGACUGAUGGUUUGGUUUCCUCUUUGCUCUGCCCCUGCUCAGCACAGGGAGAAUGUUGACUAAGAAGCAAUAGGGGGCAACAGGCCACCAAGAGCACAACCCGAGGGCGAGGCCUAGGGAGGCCCUUCAGCCCGCCUCUGUUUACUGUGCAAUUCCAGUCCUUCUUAAGCCAUCACCAGUGGGUGUGCUCAGAGCAGAGAGGCCAAGGCUUCUGCCAGCUGGGGGAAAGGCCCAGAGCCCCAUGUAGGGCAAUGUGGCACCAUCUGUCUACCUGGUGGACUGGGCAGCAUUCCUCCCUAAGGCCCUUACCUGGGGGAGCCUCCCUUCAUCUUAGGCACAGCCACAAGUCUCAUCUUUAACGUUCUAUGCAAUGAAAUAUAAACCCUCAAAGACAACUGUUAAUAUUUAAUAAAUUCCAUGUUAUGUAUAAGGAGUUAAUUGCAAACAUGUGAUUGAGAAACUGGAUAGAUAUGCUCAUAUCACCACCCCCAACCCCUGCUCCCACCAUCUGUGUGUGUGAAAUUCUGUCUGUGGCAUGUUUGACCUGUGGCAGGACUCGCUGCUGCCAGGUGAGUCACCGCCUGUCCCGCAGUGGAGCAUGCACAGCUCGCAGCCUCUUUGCACGAUUUUAUCCAUUUUAAAUGCUCGACCCUCUUGCUUGGAGUUCUUUUGCCUCUGAACCUCUCCUUCAGGAACACUUCUAGUGACUUCUGCACAAGCUAGUGAGGACCUGCCAGAAUUGUUGCCCAAGUAUGCCAGGCUGCGAGGCAGGCAGGACAAGAACCCACAUGUCCUGCAGUUUCCUCCUGUUCAAGAUAAAAGGUAAAACAGGAAACCCUGAUGUAGACACAAUGGUAGGAGCCUGCAUAGGAUGCAUGUGUAUGAAAGUUCUGAAGGUUUGCUGUAUGAUUUAUAUCUGUACACCAUUUCCCCCUCCUACUCCAGCCCUCAGCCAGAGGCAUCUGGGUAUUCCUUCCCAGUGGGACCCUGCUUAAGACAGAGCUGGACUGCAUCCUUGACCAGAGAGGCAGAGGCCAAAGGCAGAGCCAGGCUGUGUCCUAGGCACCCCAGGUCCUGACUAAACCUGAUUCAUGCUUCUCCUUUGUGGUAAAAAGGCACUUGGGAAGAGCUGGAUUUGUGGUGCUUGUCUUUGACUGACAGUGUCAUCUGGAGCAGGUAAACUGUUCACAUAAACAGUGGCUUUAAGCUGAGCUUCUUGGGAAGCUUCUCAAUAGCAGAACUUACUCAGGUUCUGUGUGACUCUUUCAUCAUCCAUCCCUGGGACUUCCCUACCCAAGUACCUACUGUCAUCAGCUUCUCCACUGUGGGGCCAGGAGAGGCUCUGACAGUAGCUGCCUAACCCUCAAGGCCUGACCUUCCUCCAGAGUGCUCUGGUUUGCACCAUGCAUUUCUCAGGGGUCCACAUUUCUCAUGCUUUUCUAUAAGGCCUAUACACCCCUUAAGAAAGGGAUCCUGGACACCUCUGGCAGCUCUAGAUAAGACAGGAAGUUUCCAACCUCCUUGUUGGACCUGGUGUCCUGGGAUUUGGCCUCCCCUAUUCCAUCAGACAAAUGCCUCAUCUCUAGAUAGAGAUCAGGCCUAGGGUGUAUGAGGCCUUCUGAGCAAGGGCUGAGGGAGGCCAUCAUCUAGUUUCCCUACCUACCCAAGGUCUGUGUGGGAUGGCCUGAAUGAAUAUUUGCUUUGGUGUCACUAAUGGUGGCCAGGGGAUGGGACUUGGAGUAGAAUGUAGGCAGGGAGAUGCCAGCAGGUCAGCCUCUAGCAGGCUGCAUGUCAGGCUUUCAAGUAUUGACUUUUCAGCAGAUUUCCUUUUUGGCCAAACCUUCUGAGUUUAAAACUUCUGACAAUUGAUCCUCGAUACGAAAAAAAAAACCCCAAAACAAAAAAUUUCUGACAUCUGCCACUCCCCAUCCCUCACCGAACCCACAGGACAAAUCAUUGCUCUAUGAAGAAACUGAAGGCUGCAGCAGCCCUCUGGAUCAUGGCAGUCCUGGCCCUUAUGUGGAUGCAGCUGUGCCUCUAGGGGCAAUGCAGCCAGAGGCUGAGGGACUAGCGUUUGGUGCUUGGGAAGUGGAGAGCAAUAUGCACUUUCCUAAUGGACUAGAGGUCUCCAGGAUGCAGUCCAGGCCUUCUCUAGUUCUCCCUCCAAGUGUCAUGAACAAGGGCACUCUCUCUUUUGUCCACUGGAGGGCCCAUGCACUCAUUUAAUAGUGACAGCCCUUCCCCCACUACCAUUCUCUCAGGCCUUGGACAGAGCAUGUGAUCUCAGGGCCCGCAGUGAAAGAGCAGAAGUGGCAGCAACUCUGGCCUGUCCCCUGGAACCUGUAGGGAGUUUUCCAGGACAGUGCAAUCUCACCCUAUUGGACCCUCCCCUCCUCCCUUCCCCUACCCAUGCUGUAAAUACUGGUUGUCAUGGACUCAGACAAAGUCAAAGGAACAGGCCUAAUCAACUUAAACUCCUUGGAGAUGCCAUCUGUCUCCCUAGAUGUCAGUGCCCUGCUGCCAUGUGCACUGAGGUAGUACUAGAGAGCCAUGGAAGUCAUGAGAUAUCAUGUGGAUGCAUGUAAAUGUGUGUGUGUGUGUGUGUGUGUGUGUGUGUGUGUGUGUGUCUGCCUCAUUUAGCCUCUGGGGUCAAAUCAGCUCCUUCUCCAAGUAGCCUGGAGAGUGGUGGCCACAAACACCUUUUCCUCUAGCAUCCCUGUCUUGUUUUUGCUUUUCCUUCUUCCCUCUUCCCUCUCUCCCUUUCUUUUCUUUUUUCCUUCUCUCCUUCUUUAUUUGAGGGGGGAAAGAGUGCUGUACAGUCAAACAAGUUUACAGUUGUAAGUGCAAUGACGAGUCCUCCACAUGACCUUGUGAAUUGUGUGCUGUCCUUCCGUGCUCUGUGAGAACUCGUGGUACUUCAGUGUCCCUCCCCUCCUGUAUUGUGACAAGGUAAUUCUGUGGUAUCAGAAUAAAAAGACUUGAUAUAAACAACCUA